AUGGAGUUUCUAGACGAGGAUGCGAAACCCAGGUUCCUUUUCCAAUCUCGCGCCAUUCCAUCUUCGGCGACUGAGCUCCAAAACGAAUCACAAUCCAGCAAGAUCUUUGUCUCAAUCACUGUCGUAAUAUCUUCCGUUUUUCUUAUUCUCUCAAUUUUAUUCGUCCAAUUCGAACCAUUCAGAUCUCUUCUCAUCUGGAUUUCUCUCUCGCUUCUUCUCGGUCCAUUUGCCCCAAUUUCCCUCACCGGCGGCGAUAUUCGAGUCGGUCGUGGUCCGAUUGUUGAAAUUCCCGACGAAGAACACGAACUAGAAGACGAUGCGAAGAAGAAACCCGUUCAAAAGCGCUCAAAACUGCGUAGAUCCGAGGAAAUCACCGCUGGUGCAAUCGAAAUCGCUGAAAAAGUCACUGCAACAAUGGAGAACAGAAAUGGAGCUCUUCAGAGUCGCAAUAGUGGAGUAAAUUUUGCGAUUGAGGAGGCGGAAUGGGACGAAGGGGAAUUAGGGCUUUUAAAGAAGCAAUUGGCGAAGCAUCCUGUGGGGAAGCCGAGGCGGUGGGAGAUAAUUUCAGAGGCGUUUGGCGGAAGGCAUAAAGUGGAAAGUGUGAUUAAGAUGGCUAAGGAAAUGGGAGAGAAGAAAUUAGGCGAUGAGGAUUCUUAUGCUCAAUUUCUGAAGAACAGGAAGCCGAUGGAUAAGAGAAUUGAAAAUGUCGAUGAAGAACGGGCCGGUGGCGCCGUAGAAGCUCAGGUCGCCGGUUGGAGUUCUGGUGAAGACAUUGCAUUACUUAAUGCUUUGAAGACGUUUCCAAAGGAUGUGCCUAUGAGAUGGGAGAAAAUCACAGCUGCUCUUCCGGGGAAGACGAAGGCAGCUUGUAUGAAGAGAGUUGGGGAAUUGAAGAGGGAUUUUCGAAAUUCCAAAGCUACUAAUGACAUCUGA